AUGAAUGUUGAUGCCGAAUUCGAUGCUUUUGUCAUUGAUGACUUUGGGCCGUCGGUACGGGUACAGGUGCCGAGCACCGCCGAGGGUCUCGCCCGAUUCAACCAAGCAUUUCUAGACCCACAGGAAAGAGCCUACGUGCAGCAUAUCGACUUCCAUAUCGUUCUACCAACGAUUAGUUACAAACAUAUCAAGAAACUCCAGAGCAGCAAAGAGGCGGCGGAGAAUGACGCGAUAUUCACAAGAGCUAUUGUGACUUUUCUUGGUCGGCUGGCUAAGUGGGAACGUCGACGGUACGGCCCUGGUGUCAACCUGAAAAUUGCGGUGGAGUCGCCAACGGACAGGUUAGUUGAGGAGAUGGAGGAACACGGCGAACUGAGGAACACUCACAAUCACCGGGUUGCGCCGAUAUGGCAAGUAAGAGACCACUUUAGCUACCUGCGGUUUGACUACAGCCUCUUAUCGCCAUCCGACUCAGGUCCGGCAAAGCUACCGCAGGUGCCAUGUGUGUCCGAGUUCGAGUUUGACGGUGGGCCUGGUGGACGGAACUUUCACCCGGACGCAAUUUCCGCCAUCUCGAGUACACUUCUAUCAGCCAGAAAGAUGGAAUGGAGUUUUAGACUCCCGACUCGCCGAUUGACGCGUGCCCGCAAGCAAAUCAGAUCUUCCCUUGGAAACGCUCUACUCAACACAUCGUUCCCGAGCCUCAUUGAGUUCAGGAUCAAGGUCGACGACAAAGAUCCUAUGGACGAGACUUACAUUGUCGAAUCGUUGAUGGGCGAGGAUGAAGAACAAGAUACCUUGUCUCUAGGCGUUCGCCGCUUGUGUCAACUGCCAAACCUUCGGCGAUUACACUUGGAAACACUCUGGAUCUUAUCACCUGCAGCGUUUGGGUCUCUUGCAAACCAGCCAGAUAUCCAUUGUCCCUCUUUAGAGUAUCUUCACGUCGACUGCUCAAUAACAACACCCGACGGUAAAUACUUGCUUACUGGGGACCAAAGUAAGGCCUUGACUGAUGAUGGUGGGUAUGGCCUCGAGCAUGAUGAGAAGAUUGCCGCCUUCGAUUCGGAUGACUCCGACAUCUCUGAUUUUCAACCAGAUUUUGAAUGGUAUAGACAGGCUGGCGAGUUCCCGGGAAGAUGGUUUAGAUACACCCCCGAACCAGAAAUCUUUGUAGCCUUGGCUACAUCAUUUGUCGGCGCUGUCGAUAGGAUGCCGUCAUUACGUCGAAUGGACAUUCACUUUGGUGGUACGUCAACGACAACGAGGGCGCCUUUAGAUAUGUUGUAUUUUGCACCUGGUGAGCCAAAUCCAGGUGCAAGUCAGCUCAAUGGUCGCAAAGCAUUUGACGAGGAAAACGCAGGCCGUCCUAGGUGGUUCUUCCUUGGAGGCCGCAAGUUUGAUAAGCAAUGGGAUAUCUCUGAAGAGUUGCAGGAGGCGUGCAAAGGAAAGUCUGGCCUAGGGCGCGUUCAUUUUGCUACGAAUUGA